AUGGUUAAAUAUGGUGCUGGUAGUAGUACAUUUUUCUUUAGUUCUUAUGUUGAUUAUUAUGUUAGCAUUGAACAUAGUCAUGAUUAUUGCCGUGAACUUGAACGCAUGGCUGCUAGUCAACCACAUCGAUUCAUUAAAAUAUUUUAUAUGGAACGUAAUUCCUCAGGAUUUUAUAUAAAACAUUCUUUUGAACAAAAGCCAGAUAAAUUAAAUUUAACUUCAAUUAUAGAAAUAUAUUGUGUACCAAGAAAUGCAUAUUCAUUUACAGCUUAUCAUUUAUGGGCAAUAGGUGAACGAAGUACUUAUACAAUGUAUCGUGACUAUGCCGAUUUUCUUUCAAUAUAUUUUCGUGAUAGAAAGUUCGAUUUUGCUUUUCUUGAUGGACGUGCACGACCACAAGUUGCUUAUACUAUCUUAAACCAAUUAAAUGAACCAAAUGCAAUAGUAUUUAUACAUGAUUGGAAUCAACGAAAAGAAUAUCAUGUUAUUGAACGAGAAUUUUAUAAUAUAAUUGAUCAACAAAUUGAAAGUACUCAAUCUGGUGAUGAAGGUCUUGUUGUAUUACAAAAGAAAUCGCAAGAUAUUGGACAAAAAAAUAUUACUGCUAGUGAAUGGAAAUCUGGAAAAGAACCAGAAUGGUGGAUUUAA